AUGGGUCGCAGAAUAGCCUCUCAGGUUCACCAGCAGGUCUCCCGUCUGCUGCGUGCCAAUUACAUACAAAAGGAGCCCGUAUGGUUCCAGGCUGUCCUUGACCAUCCCCCGCUCACCCUACCGCCCAAGGCCCCUCCUCCUCGCACCCCAUAUGACCAGCGACCUACAAAGAAGCUGUCCAAAUACACCACAAGGCCCCAGCCCAUCUUCUACCUCGAAGACUAUCUGCGCCGCCGCUUCUUCACAGACCACCCUUUUGAAACCUUCCGACCUGCAACCUUGAUCGAGACCGACCGUAUUCAGGACCCCAACUUCAUCACCGGCGAGGCCUGGACUCGCCUUAGGCAGUGGGGUCGCAACCCAGCGCCGGAAGAUGCAAUACGAUUUGCCCUAAAUCUAUACCAAUAUCACAACGUAACUUUGAACGAGGCUUACUCUCGCGCCGUCGCCCAGUUCCGUACGUUGCGCUCAGAGCACCACGUUGCCUCCAGAAUCGCUGUUUUAGAAGCUGAACAGCUCGGAUCAACCUUUGGCCCCUCACAUAUCGAGGAAUCCUUCGUCCGCCAGAAACAGUCUCUGGCGACUUGGGACCGCAAGGAGGAGCUUGACGAAGGCUCUCUUGCGGCUCAAAAACGAUGGAAAGCGAUAGUGAACAGGAACCAUGGCGCAGGACAAUGGUCAGAAGGAAAGGAUUAUGCCAGGUUAUGGCAACAAGGCAUUAAGCCAAACUAUAUGCCGGCCCUCGUACGAAGCGUGGCUCCGACAACCACAAAAAUCGACAAGCAUGAUCCAAUGGGGCUGAAAAAUAGUAUCUAA